AGGUAUUAAAACGAAUAUUUAGUUAGUUCUUCUAGAAACACCUACUGAUCAUUCGAGAUGGAGGAAGAGGAGCAUGAGGUGUACGGUGGAGAGAUUCCUGACGUGGAAGGCGACAUUGACUCUCACGCCGCCGAUAUCGAUAUGUCCGCCGCCGAUGACGACGCCGUUAAGGAGCUUGAUGAAAUGAAAAAGAGGUUAAAAGAGAUGGAAGAAGAAGCUGCUGCUCUUCGCGAGAUGCAAGCUAAAGUUGAGAAGGAAAUGGGCGCUGUUCAAGAUCCAGCAAGUGCAGCUGCUAACCAAGCAAAUAAGGAGGAAACAGAUGCUCGUUCCGUGUUUGUUGGCAAUGUUGAUUAUGCAUGCACACCGGAAGAAGUGCAGCAACACUUUCAAUCCUGUGGUACGGUUAAUAGGGUUACGAUUCUAACAGACAAGUUUGGCCAACCGAAAGGUUUUGCUUAUGUGGAAUUCCUCGAGGUAGAAGGGGUGCAAGAGGCUUUGCACUUAAAUGAAUCUGAACUACAUGGUCGUCAACUAAAGGUUUUGCCCAAAAGAACCAAUGUUCCUGGGAUGAAGCAGUAUCGUCCUAGACGAUUCAAUUCAUACAUGGGGACUUACCGGUUUAGGAGGCCGUAUGUACCCCCUUAUUUCUAUUCCCCAUAUGGAUACGGGAAAGCUCCUAGAUUCAGAAGGGCAAUGCGAUACAUGCCCUAUUACUAGACGACGAUUAAAUACUUGGAGUUUUUGAGGUGGAUGAUUCAAUUCAAAACUUCAAUUUAACAUGAGUUUUUUCUAGCAUUUUAUAUAUUAGUCCAAACAUUUUUGUUUAUGUGGCUGAUGGUUUCAUCUAUAAGCCUUAUUUUUUUUAAUUACUCUGUUGAGAGGAUAAACGGAUGGUUUGUUUCCGUCAUUAUGUUGCUGUCAUUCGUAAUUUUAUAACAUAACAUGGAAGACCAAAAUAUAUAUUCAUAGAUUAUGCCCGUUGGCUAGGUAGGAUAUACAAUGAAGAGCUUCAGAUUUUCUA